AUGGGUUCGAGAGAAGAAUAUUCCGUACCUCAAGAGGCUGAGGUGGUCUUUCAACACGGCAUCCUGAACAACCCUUUGAUGAAGGACCUACCGAGUGACCUCAAAUCUCUCAGCCAACAUGUCAAGUUCGAAGGCUCAAGUAAGCCUAGCGUUCCAAUCAACUGGAGAUUUGCCGAGAGCAUCUCGGCGUUGAAAGCACUGGAAGCAACUAUGCUCAAUCGGUUGAUUAUGAAAAAGUACAGCAUGACGCCAAUAGAUGUUACGAUCAACACCGACCAUGCCAGCUUGUUCUACUUUUCGCCCCUGAUUGCUCAGCUCGUUGGGAAGGAUGGCAAGUUCACGCCCAUGGCGCUCAUGAACUUCGUGCCCGAGGCCAUGAGGAUGUUUCCGGAGACGGACAAGCACAGAACCUCUGCUAGCUUACACCGAGCCUUGGUGACAAACAUCCACAAGACAAAGGAUGGAAGAUACUACCAACUUCACGGCGGCAUCAACCCCGAUCCCAUUCUCAAAGCCCUGGGCCUGCCGGAGGACGGCCCAGCGGAUGACACAUAUGAAUCAGUAUUCGAGAGAACCCAGAAAAUAGUCUCCAAGAUGGACGCCAAAGAUCUGGACGCUCUACUGAACGAUAAGGCGCGACAGUCUGGUACAGUCGCGUGGUCGUCUGAUGAGUACUUUGCCAGCGAGCACGGCAAGGCAAAUAGUAACGUCGGGCUCUACGAGAUUGCAAGAGAUGACGGCUCCAAGCAACCCGCGUCCUGGUGGUCCGAGAAAUCGAGCCUCCCCUCGUCGCCCAAGAGGCCCCUCGCUGGCCUAAAAAUCGUCGACCUGACACGAAUCAUCGCCGCCCCGCUCAUCUCGCGCGAUCUGGCAGAGAUGGGCGCGAGUGUUAUGCGCGUGACCUCGGACAAUAUUACAGACAUGUCGUCUCUGCACCAGGAUCUCAACUGGGGCAAGUGGAACUGCCAUAUGGAUCUCACCAAGGACGAAGACAAGGAGAAGUUGAGAGGGCUGAUCAGGGAAGCGGAUGUCGUUGUUGAUGGAUAUCGGCCUGGUGCCAUGGAGAAGCACGGGUUCGGCCGCAAGGAGAUUCUGGAGCUGGUGAAGGAUCGUCAACAGGGAAUCAUCCAUGUCCGUGAGAACUGUUACGGGUGGCAUGGGCCGUGGCAGGGUCGUGGUGGAUGGCAGCAAAUCAGUGAUGCUUGCUGUGGUGUCUCGUUGGAGUAUGGAAAGGCGAUGGGACUUGACGAGGCCGUUACUCCGGUGUUUCCCAACUCAGACUAUUGUGCUGGCGUCUGCGGUAGCACAGCUGUUCUCGAUGCCUUGAUGAAGCGUGCCGAAGAAGGCGGAAGCUACGGCGUCGAUGUUGCUCUCAAUUACUAUUCCCAGUGGCUUGUCCGCUCAUGCGGCACGUACCCAGAGCCUGUCUGGCAGGAAGUUUGGCAACGCCACGGUUCGCCCGUUUUCCGCCAUUUCCAUACCAUGGCCCAUAAUGUUCCGGUCAUGUCCAAACUGCUGCAAGAGUAUGACGCGCAGAUUCUAUUCCAGCCUCAGUUCUUUGAAAUGAGAACGUCAAAGGCAGUUGACGGAACCUUUUGGGUCGUCAAGCCGGUCCUGCAGUUUGAUAACAACGCGGUUGAGAUGAGGUACAAUGUGGGCACGAGAGGUAACGGUGUUGAUGAGCCUGCUUGGCCUGAGGAUCUAUCUACUGAGGUGAUUGGGAAGUGA